AUGUCGUUGUUUCAUUGGACGGAUGGCAACAUCCACACCACGGCCCUUACACCACGCGAUUAUCAAACCGAGCUGCUGGCCAUGGCUCGGGAAGAAAAUCUGAUCGUGUGUUUGGCACACAAUUCGGCCAAAGAGUUCCUUGCCGUGAAGUUAAUCCAAUCGAUGCGGUCCGAGCGUUGGGGCCACCCGGAAGCACCACGGAAAACUGUUUACCUAACGCCGCGUGCAGAUCGAACCUUGCUGUCGUCGAUGGUAUCCAAUUUAACCGAUCUGAAAGUGAUCAAUGUAGGCACGGAACACGGUGACGGUGAUUCGCACGAGCCUGAUUGUAUACAAACGGGCACUACAACAGUUGAUGUGGCAUCUGCCGAUGUGCUAUUCUUUGGCAGUGAUUUGAAGCUGUUGGAAAGCAUAGAGCAAGGCAUUGUUCAGGUUGAAGAUGUAAGUCUCCUGAUCGUGGAAGAAUGUCACAAAAGCUAUGGCCAUCAGGAACUGUGGGAAAUAUGUUCCCGUCUCGGUCGAAAUACGAAAGAAAGCAACCCCAAACACCGGACGAGGAUUCUCGGCUUGGCAGGUCCUUUACAUGGUGCCGGUUGUACGCCCGAACGGUUGUGUUGGGAAUUGCAUUACCUUGAACGGUGUCUGGGAGCGCGUAUUGAAACUGCGAGCGACAUUACUAGCGUUCUUAGAUUCAGCACAAAGCCGACCGAACUGAUACUGGAAUGUGUCCCAACAAAACCAUCCAAACUUAGUCAAUAUCUUCGAAAGAUUGUACAAAAUCACAUAUCCUAUCUGCAGAACCAUCGGUACGAUCCAUUAGCACUGUACGACCUAGAGAGUAGUGAAAGCUCGAGCGAUAGGCUGGCCGCCGAGGGGAAAUCUGACUGUGAUGAGGAAGCAGACGAUCUGCGCCGUGAGUUAAGGUCUAUUCCCGAUCCAACGGUAGCACCCUUGGCCUAUCUUCACCAAUAUCUCGAUCUGUUGGACGAGUUCGGUCCGUGGGGUGCGGAUCGUGGUGCGCUGGAGCUGCUAACGACAAUUGAGCGAGAAAAGAUUCACACACCUUACGAACGCCAUUUCCUACUGCUUCAACUAGUGUCCACCGUGCUGGUUACAACGCGAGCCACCGUUGCAGGAGUUUUCGCCAAACAUUCAACCGAGCUGGAGCGUAUAAAACGGUUCUCCACGCCGAAAGUUAGCCGACUGCUCGAGGUACUGGCAUGGUUUGGAGAGCAGCGAAACCGGCCGAAAGAACGAUGCCAGCUGUCCUCCCUUCAUCAUCAACAAAUUGUGCACCACCAGCAAAGAAUGAGGUACUGCUUCUGCCGCAACGCCGAAUGUAACGAGCUUGAAAAACGGUACCACUCAUUUGAAGCUCAAAUUUUGGACGUUGAUGAAAGGAUCGCACGGUUGGGAGAGUUGCUAAAUGGCGCUCGCAAGCAGGCCGAAAAGUUAAGUCAAAAGUAUAAAGCUACCGAAAUGGCACCCGCCGAAGGUGGUAGUGGAAUCGCAUCGCCUCGGCACGGACACGAGGGCCGCGUGUACAAUUUUCGUAGAAAACGCUUCCCUGGCGGUGGAAUCGGUGGUGGUGGAAAUCCGCACCAUAAGUCUACCGACACAACGGACGCACUGUGUGGGUUGAUUUUUUGCAACAAUCGAUCAAUGGCACGCAUACUGUACGUUCUGCUGUACGAAGUAUCUCGCUCGCAGCGUGAGUUUGAUUUCAUCAACCCACAGUACACGGUCGACAAGGUGGCCAAUCCACAGACGGAUGCACAGCAAGCUGCACUAGAGCAUCGCAAGCAGGAGGAAGUGUUAAAACGCUUCCGAAUGCACGAGUGCAACCUGCUGAUAGGGACGUCCGUGCUGGAGGAAGGUAUCGAGCUGCCAAAGUGCAAUCUCGUUAUCCGCUGGAACAGUCCCUCAAACUAUCGAUCGUACGCUCAAUGUAAGGGUCGUGCGAAAGCACCGGGUGCUUAUCAUAUACUGUUCGUCACACCGGAACGUUUGACCGCUGUUUCGGCUGAGCUGGAAGAAACGGAGUAUAUGGACAACCUUUCACUGGACGAUGAUGCUGUAAUGGCGGAUAAAAUGAGCGAUAUGAAGGCGGAACCGGAUGAAGAAAUUAUCAAACAAUGUACCGAUCGGAUGAUUGAACGAGUUGCCAUCUAUAGAGAAGUGGAAAAACUACUGCUCGCUAAAUGCCGCAAUGGAGAACCGCUCGAAUGGGAACUGAAACAUGCCGAGUGCUUCAAUCACUGUAUCGAAGUGUACCGACCAGGGAACGUAAGUACAACGAACGGACCGGUAGCCUCCCUAUGGCUUGGAAAUGCCGUCCAAACACUGAACAAAUACUGCGCAAAACUGCCAAGCGACACCUUCACCAAGCUUACACCGAUCUGGCGCUGUGCAACGACCGUCCGGAAAGGCAGAAAGCUGUACCAAUACACCAUCCGGUUGCCCAUUAAUUCACCCUGGAAGGAAGACAUAUUGGGUUUACCAAUGCCCACCGAAACGUUGGCACGCCGAUUAGCUGCAUACAUUACCUGCCGGAUGCUGCACGCCGCUGGAGAGCUGGACAACUCUUUCCAGCCGUACGGCAAAGAAGCGUUCCGUGCAUUUGAAGCCGAUUGGGAAAACUUUGAGCUAGAGGAGACGGAUGCGAUGAUACUGUCUAAAAACAGUGACCCUCGGCCGGGUACAACGAAACGACGACAAUAUUACUACAAGAGGAUUGCCUCCGUAUUUAACGACUGUCGACCGGAUGUGGAUACGGUAGCGUACAUGUACCACAUACGCAUGGAGCUGAUCUGUCCCAUUCCGGAGGAGCAGAAUACGCGUGGCCGCAAGAUUUACGCACCGGAAGACUCUCCGCAAGGGUUUGGCAUCCUGACAACGAAACUGAUACCGAAGAUAAGCUCUUUUCCCAUCUUUACCCGUUCGGGCGAGGUGAAAGUAUCGCUCGAUCUUUGUCCUCAGCGUGUGCAGCUGUCCGUGCAACAGCUGGAAAUGGUAAACUGUUUCGUAAAGUACACUUUUACCAAGGUGUUACGGUUGCAGAAGAGCCUCAUGCUUUACGAUGCGAAUGCAACGGAAAACUGUUUCUUUAUCGUACCGACCGUCAGACGAUCCGUACCGAAUGGCGUUGGCAACGGUCCAUCGGACGAUGUCAUGGUUGACUGGGAAUUUGUGGAGAAAAUUGCCACCAACGUGCAUCGCAGUGGGCCAACGUUUAUUCCGGACGAGGCACGCCAAGGCUACACGUUCGACGUAAGCAAAUUUCGGGACGCCGUCGUAAUGCCCUGGUAUCGCAAUCGGGACCAACCACAGUACUUUUAUGUGGCGGAAAUCUGUAACCAUCUGUCGCCAAAAAGUGCCUUCCCCGGGUCUAACUACGCCACGUUCGAGGAGUACUACCAUCGUAAGUACAGCAUACACAUUCAAAAUCUGCGCCAACCGCUACUGGACGUGGAUCAUACCAGUGCCCGGUUGAACUUUCUCACACCACGAUACGUGAACCGGAAGGGUGUAGCGCUACCGACAAGCUCAGAAGAAACGAAGCGCGCGAAACGUGAAAAUCUGGAGCAGAAACAAAUUCUAGUCCCCGAACUUUGCACGAUUCAUCCUUUUCCCGCCUCACUGUGGCGUGCUGCAGUCUGUUUACCGUGCGUACUGUAUCGCAUCAAUGCACUACUGUUGGCGGACGAGAUACGGUGUCAGGUGGCGCGCGAUUUGCGUCUAGGGUGGGAAAAUGUCGACGAACUUCGAGAUGGCCAAUUUCAGUGGCCAAUGCUAAGCUUUGGCUGGAACUUGGCGGACGUGCUGCGCAAAACAAAGGAACAGAAAAUAGCACAAUCAGAAGCGAUCGUGAACGAACUGGUAGAAGCACAGGCAGUACCGGACGAAACGGAAGUGGCAAAUCCUAUGGAAGUAGAGGCCGACGAAGAAGAUGGUUUGAAAAAGGAAAAUGGCGUGAUCGAUGGAGCCGAUGAUGAUGGUGGACAAGUCAGUGUAGACAAAAAGACAGAAGAAAAAGAGACUGAUGGUGAUGGAGCGCUGCUGCUAGAGAUCGGUACAUGGUCCAACGAAAUGGCGGCUGGAGUGGGAACCGGUGAUGACAACGAUGAUGAGGCGGGCCGAAGAGGUGCAUCGUCACCUUCGUUUCUUCGAUACGAUUCGGACUGUACUAGCAACAGUAGCGCGAAUUUCUAUUCGUCCGAUGAAUAUGACGAGGAUGAAGAUUACUACCUGUUCGAUGGUUCGGAAAAGCCACCAAAUACUUUGCUAGCUAUCGAAGGUCCAGAAACGGCAACAAACAACACGGCUAUCGAAUCAAACAAUAAAGCGAGCAAAAAGCAGAAUGUAACCCAACAGGAUCCAGCGGUAAACUUGGGCGGACGAUUAAAGAUUGAAUUUAAAUCGGAAACCGUUGCCGAAGCGAUCGAUUCCGAGUGUGAUCUGCAGCGUCAGCGUACGCAGCAGAGCAUCAUCCAACGCUUGCGUCAAAACGAUAUGCUCUAUCAAAGCUCCAAGAACGCUGUGGAUGGGUUCUGUUACUCGCCAACGGACCAGCUGUGUGCGGAUGAACGCCAAACAGCGGAACAGAAAUUUGAGGAGCAAAAAAAUCACACCAAAGACGCUAUCCGACAUCAGGGAACGCUAGUGCGCUGGAACGAAUCACUAUCCGUGUGCCAUUGGCGAUCGAAGCUGGAGGAAGAAGAACUAGCAACGCUUAGCGCUCUGAUGGACGAUCUUGGUGGGCUACCGUUCAUGGAGUUCGUACCGUACGUGGAACCGGAACAGUUGUUCGAGCUGCUGGUACGCAAUGGAAGCAAUGGCGAACGAUGGCUCCGUUUGCAGGAUCUGUACGUGUUGAAUGAAAGUUUCUUCCCCGAGCGGUAUACGGUACUUCGGGGUGGAUCACAGUUUGAUAAUUUUCUGGACGAAAGCGAAGAACGAUCCGAUCCAGCGGAGGCGAAAGUGAUCGAACUUAUGGUUUGCGAUCCUUUUCCGGCUAUUGCCGCAGGACAGACGGCGUGCAACUACAAACCGAAACAUUCCAUGCGCAAUGGAGCAACGGGCAAUGGUAACAUCAACACCAACAAUUUGACCCCAACUUUAAUGGAGACGGAUGGGGAUUGUUUCAGCUUCGAUUAUCAGCCCGAUUUGAAUCAACAUCCCGGGCCAAGUCCGGCCAUCAUUUUGCAAGCGCUUACCAUGUCGAACGCGAACGAUGGUAUCAAUCUGGAACGUUUGGAAACGAUCGGCGAUUCCUUUCUGAAGUAUGCGAUCACGACUUAUCUCUACUGCCGGUACGACAAUGUGCACGAGGGCAAGCUUAGCCAUUUGCGGUCCAAGCAGGUGUCCAAUCUGAACCUUUAUCGAUUGGGUAGACGGAAACGGUUGGGCGAUUGUAUGAUUGCGGCCAAAUUUGAACCACACGACAACUGGCUACCGCCCUGCUACUACGUACCCAAAGACUUGGAGCAAACGUUGAUCGAUGCAAAGAUUCCAGCAUGUCAUUGGAAUUUGGCCGAUCUGCCCGAUAUCAAGCGUUUGUCGUGUGCAGAAAUAUGUGAACUAGUCAAGGAACGCGCCCGUGCCAAACGGAAGGAAGAGCUCGAGCAAACGGCAGACCAUCGAACCAUCGAAUGCAACGGCGAUGAGGAAAGUGACGAAGACGACGAUGUAGCAGACACGCUCAACGACGAGACAAACGAAGACGAGAUGGAUUACUUCUCCUGCUUCAUUCCGUACAAUCUGGUAACGCAGCACAGCAUUCCCGACAAAUCGGUGGCCGACUGUGUGGAGGCGCUGAUUGGCGCGUACCUGAUCGAAUGUGGACCUCGCGGAGCCUUACUGUUUAUGGCAUGGCUUGGUAUACGAGUCCUACCGAUUCGGGAACUCUCUUCAUCGCCAUCUCAAAAGACCCAGGAUGCGGCCGUACCCUCCCGGUACAGAACGAUCGAACAGGAUGCGCUCCAACACUCUACCGCUACAAUUUCUGAGUACGGACAUUGGGUUGCGCCGCCUUCGCCGAUGGUCCGAGCUAACAUAACGUUCGGUGGCAUCGAAACCGGUGCCACUGCAACGGCCCGCGAGCUUGCCAAACUUUUAGAAGGGUUCGACAUAUUUGAGCAAGUACUAGGCUACAGCUUCAAGGAUCGGUCGUAUCUGCUGCAAGCCAUGACACAUGCUUCCUACAGCCCUAACCGCCUAACCGAUUGUUAUCAGCGGUUAGAAUUUCUUGGCGAUGCUAUCCUCGAUUACCUGAUAACGCGCCAUCUGUACGAGGAUCGCCGACAACAUUCGCCCGGUGCGCUAACCGACUUACGGUCCGCGCUAGUAAACAAUACAAUUUUUGCGUCGCUUGCCGUACGGCACGGGUUUCACAAAUAUUUCCUGCAUCUGUCACCCGGUCUGCAAGAGGUAAUUGAUCGGUUCGUACGCAUCCAGCAGGAGAACGGUCAUCGGAUUACGGAGGAAGAAUAUUAUCUACCAGGGGAAGAUGACGAAUUGGGCGAAUUUGGUGCACCGAAUGCACAGGGUGGGGGUGGUAUCGGUGAGGAGGGCAUCACCGCUGGCAGAGGCAUCGGUGAAGCGGAAGACGUCGAGGUGCCAAAAGCGUUGGGCGAUGUGUUUGAAUCGAUUGCCGGUGCCAUAUUUUUAGACUCGGACAUGUCGCUCGAUACCGUGUGGAAGGUUUAUCGUAAGAUGAUGGGUCCAGAAAUAGAGAAAUUUAGCAGCUCAGUGCCGAAAUCGCCAAUACGCGAACUGUUGGAAAUGGAACCGGAAACGGCCAAAUUUGGCAAACCGGAGAAACUAGCAGAUGGGCGACGCGUACGUGUAACGGUAGAAGUAUUCGGCAAAGGUACAUUCCGUGGCAUUGGCAGGAACUAUCGCAUCGCCAAAUGUACGGCAGCGAAGUGUGCCCUUCGACAGUUGAAGAAGCUCAGCAAUGCUGCCAACCACCACCACAAGCGUCGAUAG